AUGCUCUUAUGCCGAAUGAACAUUUCCAUGAGACGAAUUUAUCCGAACCGUGUGCAGGAAAGGCACCAUAAGGACGAUGGUGACAGGAGAGGAAACCCUGCCAAUGCUCGAAUGAUGAAUAAUGCCAUAUUUUCAGACCAACUGGAGGAGAAACAUAAAAAAGAACGAGGGAAUUUUUUCCAAGUUGGGAAAAGUGAAAAAAAAUGCACGAAGGAAGAAUUUGUCCAACUUGUUAAAAUUACUGAUGGUGUGGAAAAUGGCUAUGUUAAAGGAACCCCGUGCAAAUUUAAGCCAAAUAAAUGCAAAAAAAAAAUAAAUGUCACAAAUUUGAAUGUACAAGAUAACUCAAAUGACAAGGUCGAAAAAGAAAUUGACGUGACGGAGUUGUGGAGCUAUUUAAGUCACGUGCACAACUCGGAGGGAAGUAGGCUGAGGUACAAAAUUGGCCAAAUAAUGGACACGCGCAGUGCAAAAUGUCAGGCAGAAAUGGAAAAUCACACACACGGGGACAGGGAACAAUCCAGGGGAGGUGAAAAAGACAAAUUUAACUAUGACGAAUAUAAACAAAUGGUCAAAUAUAUACUUCCCAGCAUGGCUGAUAACAAAAUAAAAUACUCUUGGUGUGUUUUGAAGAGCAAUUUAAAUUGCGAAGGGGAAGAAAUAAACUAUAAAGAGUUUUCCAGUUUUAUUAAUCUCAAAGGAGGGAAUGACGAAAAUAGCUAUGUGAACAAAAUUGUGUGCAGCAAGUUAAAAAAUAAAAUGCUAAAGUACAAUUUUAAUCCAGAGGAUGUGAAGUUAAAGACAAUUAACUACAUCGACAAUGUCAGGCUGAAGGCUUCCGAAUUUUCCAAACAGUUUAAGGAAAUCAUAUCGGAGAGGGAGCUAGCCGAUUUGUUCAAAGGUAAAGACAAAAUAAAAAUUGACGAACUGGAAAAGUACGUCAUGGAAAUAAUUGAAGAACGGGGAAAGGAUAUUCCUCACCCAAGAGGGGGACAAAGUGGACCCAACAGUGAUUAUUCUUCUCAAGAAUCGGAGAACAAAUCAAAAGGAACAAAAAAACAGGAGGGGUUAACAAACUUUAACAUGAAGGCUUACAUAUCCACCCUGCUAACUAACAAAGACCACGAAGUGUCCGUGGAUCACUUCAUCCAAAAUUUAAACAUCGACUACGAAAUGUUGAAUAGCCAAAACAAAAGCAUAAAAGACGCGUACGAUUUUUACUCCAGAAAUAUCCCCCCCUCAGAAGUGGUGGGGGAGCUAUACGCGGAAGAAUUGAACAAAGAAGAAAUUAAAAGGGCAAAAUUUUUAAUCGAAGAAAUAGACUACUCGGUGAGGAAUAAUUUCAAGUCAAAUUAUCUGGGCACAAAAAAGGAGAAGAAUAAAAUGGAUUCCCAAGUUUCGUAUUUAUCCAUUUACGAAAUUUUUAAACAUCUAGACGUUGACAAAGAUAGUUACAUAACGAAGGAAGAUUUACAUAAAAGUUUCCAAAAGCUAAAAAUUAAAGAUAUCUCAAAUACGGAUGUUAACAUACUGCUAAAAUAUAUCGAUACGGAAAAAAAGGGAUUCAUUAAUGUGAAUGAUUUUCUGUCAAAUUAUCAACUUGAGGAGAAGUCCAUGCUCACUUGGAUUAAAAAUACCAACAAGCCAUAUUUCGAAUUCGUUAAAAAUUUGCAGAGGGAGAGAUAUAACUCUGGUAAGGGUGCUCGGGAGAGGUCCUCCAGUGAGCAUGUCCUAAACAACAGAAAUGCCAAUAUUGCCAAAAAACACGACGAUGUGAUUGCCAAUUAUAACUUACAGCUGGACCCCUUUUGCCCCUCCUAUGUUAUAAGAGAGAGAAUACGGGACAACUUCAUGCCUAAAAAGGAAGACUUCUUAAGCAAGCACCUCAAUGCCACUCGAUUCCACUUAACGCAAUACAAAAAUACCAAUAACCUGGUCCAACCAGUUGAAAAUUCAGACCUCUAUAUGAGUGAAAACCUCAGGUUUAAAACGACCUAUAAUUUGAAUUACAACAAGUCGUGA